AGAACUGCGUUUUGAUUGGAUGUUCUCUGGGUGACGUCAGCGGGUUGUGUGGCGAGGGGCUGGCCAGAGGGUUUGUUGUCCGGCUGUAGUUUAGAUCAGGUUUACAUAAUUUUCACCUGGAUUGUGGAGGACCUCAAGCGUCCGAGCAGAUUCAGCCAUGGAUCUUGUGCUGAGUGUUGCUGACCAUUAUGUCCUCACCCCAUAUGUGUACCCUGCAUCAUGGCCUGAAGAUGGGGCACUGCGCCAGAUUAUCAGCCUGUUGGUGUUGACAAAUCUAGGGGCUGCGAUUCUCUACUUGGGCCUGGGUGCAAUCAGCUACUACCUCAUCUUUGACCACAAUCUCAUGAAACACCCACACUUUUUAGAGAAUCAGGUACAGAGGGAGAUCAAGUAUGCAAUGACCUCUCUCCCCUGGAUCAGCAUCCCCACAGUUGCCCUGUUUUUUGCUGAGGUCAGGGGCUACAGCAAAUUAUAUGACAAUGUCAGUGAAUCUGCCAUGGGUUGGCCCGGAGUGUUUCUGAGUAUGGGUUCCUUCCUGCUUUUCACCGACAUGUGUAUCUAUUGGAUCCAUCGUUUUCUGCAUCAUAAGCUUAUCUACAAGAUGUUUCACAAACCACACCACAUAUGGAAGAUCCCUACUCCAUUCGCCAGUCAUGCCUUUCACCCAGUGGAUGGAUUUCUUCAAGGACUACCCUACCACAUUUACCCCUUCUUCUUUCCCCUUCAUAAAGUACUUUACUUGGCCUUGUAUGUUUUUGUUAACAUCUGGACCAUCUCUAUCCAUGAUGGUGACUACUGGGUCCCGGGUUCUCUGACGAAGGUGAUUAAUGGCUCAGCCCACCACACGGACCACCACCUUUUCUUCGAUUACAACUAUGGCCAGUACUUCACACUGUGGGAUCGCCUUGGAGGGUCCUACAGACAUCCCUCUGCUUUAAUGGGGAAGGGUCCCCAUGACCUCAUCCGCAAACUUGCCGCAGAGGGAAAGUUAAGCCUUGAAGGAGUGAAGGCUAAAGCGCAAACAAAUGGACAUGCUAAUAAGGGAACAACACGUAAGGAGGAGUAGCAGAAGGUAAACCAUCUACAAUACUGGAAUAAGUAAAUACUUGCUAGAGUAAGCCAGGUGUGAUCAGUAUGUUUAUCACUAGAUGUCAUGCCCACAUGAAGAACUUAAAUUAGGCUGCUCUUUCAAGCUGAGCAUGUAAAGACAACCUGCUAUACCCAUACUCAGCUGUAAAGAGUUAAGAAAAGGUAACUAAUUAAGUUGCUAUAUUUGCCAAACAUGCGUGAGCCAUUUUGGAGAUUUGAACUGCUAGCAGACACAAUGAUGGUGAACCUCGUGGAUUGACAAUGUUGUUAAAGGGGCGUUUUGACAUCGAUGCACUCUGUAUCAUGCUGAUUUGCAGAGUAUGUUAAAAACUAUGAUAACUUUUGUGUGAAUCUUGGUGCUGCAAAAACAGCACUCAUAAUUGAAACAAGAGCUGAUGAAGUGCCCCAUAAAAUUGCAUUUCUAUUUGUAGAUUUUACAGAUGAUUUGAGAGUAAUCAGAGUUAAACACAGAUCAGUUUGGCUUAAGAAAAUCCUUGCAAUGGUAGGAACGAUAGAAAGGGUGGGGACAUCAAGAGACCAUGUUUGGAGCUGCACCAUUAACAGUGAAUUGAGUCUAACUCAGAAUGAGCAUCUAAUUUUCUGAUUAAGAACUCGUAGCACCUCUGUGAAAAGAGGCUCAUUUGAAUAAUAAGGCUUACAACUUGUGUUAAGCGUGUCGGACAGAACUGUUCUUGUAUUUGUCAGGGGAGCAUUUCCAGAAAAAUCUUUUGAAGUCAUCACAGCCUCAACAUCUUGUUUAUUGGUUUCUUUUUUAGAGUUGCUAUCAUCCAUACACUAACAGUAAUUGCACAGUGAUUUAAUCAUUUUCAUCCCAUUCUAGAGAAAUCCUGCAGCUAAUGUAGAAACAUUUUUCCUUAACAGUGGACAAUAUAAUUUCUCUUGUGGUGAUAGGUUCUGUGAAUGCUUGCUCUGGAUAGGCGGAAAGAAUUGUUUAAUCACGUCCUUUGUAUCUAAAUUUCAACUGAAUAUAAAAUAUUAAAGAUGCCUUUUGCUCAA